CCGUCUGUCUUCCCCCGCCUGCAGCCAGCGCCCUGUGGGCUGCCUUUUGCAGAGGGUCUGGCUGGGGAGGCCUUGGCCUUUUCUUGACCUUAGGGCAGCUCUCCAGGGAUGGGGUGGGGUGCUCCUGAGGAAAGGAGCCCAUUUCCUGCUCGCACACUUGUCCUCGUCCCGUGGGGUCAGGCAACUUUUCCAGGGUUUGGAGUCUUCUGGCUUCACUGGGAAAGUCAGGAUUGAGAAGGGGAGAAGGACAGAACCAGAUAUGACCAAGGCUGGGAGGGGCCGCGUGUGGUCCAAGGUCUCAGAGGUGAGAAACGGCAGUGGGAGCUUGCUACCCUGCACAGCUUUCUGGGCCAGCUACCCAACACCCUCGUCCUGGUAAAUGAUCUCCUCACUCCCGGCUCCUCGCAGACCCACGAAUUCACAUUCGGGAACAGGAGAUGUUGUCAUCAGCUCCCUAGGUCUCUCUAAAGUAGGCAGAGGGGCCUCCCCCAUGGCCCCACACCCACUGCCAGUGUGGAGAAGGGGUGAGGCAUGUCGGGGCUGGACAGGAGGAGAGGAGCAGAGGACUACUAACGUCGGGGCGCCUGCCAAACAAAGGCAGGGAGGCCUCAAACAGCCCCUCAUGUGAGGGCCAAAGAAAGGGGGCGGGAGGCCAGCAGGGCAGCACUGCCACACAGCGAUGCCAAGGCCAAGCCCCUCCUUGCACUGGACCCUGGGGGAUUGGGGGCGCACCACUCGCUGUACAAGCCGCAGGCCCAAAUGCUGCGGGCCCUCCCCGCCAUGGCAGCCCCUGUGAGCUUCCUCCCCGGUGCGAGAGGAGGGAGGAAGGACACGCAGCCGGUCCGCGCCCCCUCCCCGCGCGCGGGCGGCGGUGACAUCACGGCCACGGCGGGAGGGGCGGCGCCGCGCGCACAUCACUUCCUCGGCGCCUCCCGCCGCGAGGACGGACGGACGGUGGACGGUGGGCGGUGGACAGUGGACGCUCACGGCAGUGCGAGCGAGGAGUGCGCGGCUCCGGUCCUCGGCGACCCCAGCCCCAUGGCGAGCCCGGCUGCGCCCGCCACCGACGAGCUGCCUGGUCCUGCACGGCGCCUCUACUCCAGGAUGGAGGCUUCGUGCCUGGAGCUGGCCCUGGAGGGCGAGCGUCUCUGCAAGGCCGGAGACUUCAAGGCGGGCGUGGCCUUCUUCGAGGCCGCCGUGCAGGUGGGCACCGAGGACCUGAAGACACUGAGCGCCAUCUACAGCCAGCUGGGCAAUGCCUACUUCUACCUGAAGGAGUACGCCCGGGCGCUGGACUACCACAGGCACGACCUGCUGCUGGCCCGGACCAUCGGUGACCGCAUGGGGGAGGCGAAGGCCAGUGGGAACCUGGGCAACACACUCAAGGUCCUGGGCCGCUUCGACGAGGCCGUUGUCUGCUGCCAGCGGCACCUGGACAUCGCCCAGGAGCAGGGGGACAAGGUGGGGGAGGCGAGGGCGCUCUACAACAUCGGGAACGUGUACCACGCCAAGGGCAAGCAGCUGUCCUGGAACGCCGCGCAGGACCCCGGGCACCUGCCGCCCGACGCCCGCGAGGCACUGCGCAGGGCCUCCGAGUUCUAUGAGAGGAACCUGUCCCUGGUGAAGGAGCUGGGGGACCGGGCGGCCCAGGGCAGGGCCUACGGCAACCUGGGCAACACCCACUACCUGCUAGGGAGCUUCGUGGAGGCUACGACCUUCCACAAGGAGCGCCUGGCCAUUGCUAAGGAGUUUGGCGACAAGGCAGCUGAGAGGAGAGCCUACAGCAACCUGGGGAAUGCCCACAUCUUCCUGGGGCGCUUUGACGUGGCCGCCGAGUACUACAAGAAGACGCUGCAGCUGUCACGGCAGCUCCAGGACCAGGCGGUGGAGGCGCAGGCCUGCUACAGCCUGGGCAACACCUACACGCUGCUGCAGGACUACGAGCGGGCCGCCGAGUACCACCUGCGGCACCUGCUCAUCGCCCAGGAGCUGGCCGACAGAGUGGGCGAGGGCCGGGCGUGCUGGAGUCUGGGGAACGCCUACGUGUCCAUGGGGAGCCCGGCGCAGGCCCUGACCUUCGCCAAGAAGCACCUGGAGAUCUCCCAGGAGAUCGGGGACCGCAACGGGGAGCUCACGGCCCGCAUGAACGUGGCGCAGCUGCAGCUGGCGCUGGGCCGGCUGACCAGCCCAGCGGCUGCGGAGAAGCCCGACCUGGCUGGCUACGAGGCCCAAGGGGCCAGGCCCAAGAGGACGCAGAGGCUGAGUGCGGAGACCUGGGACCUGCUGAGGCUCCCCCUGGAGAGGGAGCAGAAUGGAGACAGCCACCAUGCGGGGGACUGGCGGGGGCCGGGCAGGGACCUGCUCCCCCUCCCCGUGAGGAGCAGGAAGUACCAGGAAGGGCCAGACGCCACUGAAAGGAGGCCCCGGGAGGGCGGCCACCCCCUGCUGGACAGUGCGGACGUCCGGGUGCAAGUGCCUCGCACGAGCAUCCCUCGGGCCCCAUCCUCUGACGAGGAGUGCUUCUUUGACCUGCUGAGCAAGUUCCAGAGCAGCCGCAUGGACGACCAGCGCUGUCCCCUGGAGGAGGGCCAGCCCGGGGCCGCCGAGGCCACUGCCGCCCCCAGCCUGGAGGAGAGGAUCGCCCAGCCCUCGCUGACAGCCUCCCCCCAGACCGAGGAGUUCUUCGACCUCAUCGCCAGCUCCCAGAGCCGCCGGCUGGACGACCAGCGGGCCAGCGUGGGCAGCCUGCCCGGACUGCGUAUCACCCACAACAACCUGGGGCACCUGCGCGGCGAUGGGGACCCCCAGGAGCCGGGGGACGACUUCUUCAACAUGCUCAUCAAGUGCCAGUCCUCCAGGAUAGACGACCAGCGCUGCCCACCACCUGACGUGCUGCCCCGCGGCCCCACCAUGCCCGACGAGGACUUCUUCAGCCUCAUCCAGAGGGUGCAGGCCAAGCGCAUGGACGAGCAGCGGGUGGACCUCGCCGGGAGCCCGGAGCAGGAGGUGGGCGGGCCACCUGAGCCCCGGCAACAGUGCCAGCCUGGUGCCAGCUAAAGCCUCACACCCACAGCCAGGCCCGCCCCAACUCCUGGACGCCAGGGGGCGUCUCACCACCGUCCAGGAUGCCAUGGCCCCCCAAGAAGCCGAAUCCUCCCAGGGCCAUGGCUGAGGGCAGGCUCUGAGGCCCCCAGCCCUUCCCACUGAGCCCAACGCUGGGCACACAGCCGCCAUGCGUCCCCCUCCCCAGGGCGGCAGGCCCAGCAGCUCUGGAGAGCCUUUUCUGGGGAAGGGCAUACUUUUGUCCUGGGCCAGCCCCCACAUGGUACACGGCGUCCUGCAGGCCUGCCCGACCUAGCCCUGCCCUCACCCCUGCCCCUGCCCCAGGCCGGGCCUUCAGCAUGUUGGCCCCAAACCCCGGUGCUGUCCAGACCCUCCAUGCCCUCUUCCUGGCCCCCUGCCCGGCUCCGUCCUGCCGGCCAAAUGUGAAACCUGCCACCUCCCCCAAGCCCCGGAAGGUGUCCUUGAGGCCUCUCCUCCGGGGGCAUUUCUGUCCUCCCAAAGCUGCCCGCAGACAUUUUCCCCCCAGUCCCGGCCUCUCCCCCCAGAGGGCCCCCUCCAGCCCUCUCCCCUCGCUCCUACCCCGCUGGAGGAGGAGGAGGAGGAAAGCAGCCACAGAGCCCAGAGCCUGACGAGGCAGCGGAGGCAGGCCCAGGUGCCCCCACACAGAGCCCCCCCAGCCAGGCACACAGCCCUGAGCAGGCAGGGCCGCCCUGUCUCUGACGUGGCAGGGAGGGUGGGGAUGCGCUGCCACCUUCCUCAACUCCAAGCCCCGCAGCCCAGGGAUGGAGCGGCCUGGUCCCAGACACUCUGGCUAGCGGCAAGGGCGCCAGGGCGGGCAACAGGCCCGGGGUCUCCAGCUCUGUGGCCAUGGGGGCAUCGAGGGUCAGCUCAAUUCAACCCCAGGCCCCCCCGUGAGCACCCAGCCCUCACUCCCAGCAGCUGGGGAAGACGACAUCACUGUGUUGUUCCAUGGGGCGGGUGGAGUUGGCCCUCAGCAUCAGGCAGGAGUCAGGGCCCCUGGGGGACCGUGGCCCUCUGCUCUCACUCAGACCCUGCCUCGGCCCCCCUCCACCUGGGGGUGCCUGCUGCCGGCCCUUCUGGAGCACUCCUGGGAGGGAGCCACAGCCCGGCCCCACAGUCCUGCUCUCCGAGUGUGGGGAGGUGGCGGGAGCCCUGCCCCACAGCACAGCCCAGGGGGCUCAGCUCAGCGUGAUGACUGCUCUGCGGGGGCGUGGGGGGCCCCUGAGGGCGGGCCAGCAGGUGUGGGGUCAGUUGCCAGAGCGCGGUUCUGCUCAGCCGCCCCCGUACUUGAAUGUACAUGCCUAUUUAUUCCUCACACAUGUGUUUGCCAUGUUGUCAGUAGGUCCUUUCAGACCCGAGAGGUACAUUUGUUUUUCCCGGAAAAAUAAAGUCUGCCAAGUGAAUGCUGUCCAUGUCAGGAUUAGU